GAGAGACGAUGGCGGCGGUGGCGGAACCGGGUCCGUGCUCGCUGCUGGCGGCCGCCCGCGAGGCGUACGAGGCGGCCUUCGGUGGGGCGGCGGCCGUGGCUGCGUGGGCUCCCGGGAGGGUCAACCUCAUCGGCGAGCACACCGACUACAACGGCGGCUUCGUGCUGCCCAUGGCCCUGCAGCUGGGAACGGUGCUGGUAGGUUCUCCCACGCAGGACGGGACCAUCUCCAUCCUCACCACCGCGCCGGGGGCGGACGAGCCCCAUAGGGUGCAGUUCCCGGCUCCUACCCAAAGCCGCCCUCUGAGCCCGGGGAGACCGCACUGGGCCAACUACGUCAAAGGUGUGAUCCAGCACUACCGGGGCGGUCCCGUGCCGGGUUUCAAUGCUGUGAUCUCCAGCGAUGUCCCCCUGGGUGGUGGUCUUUCAAGCUCUGCCUCUCUGGAAGUGGCCACAUACACCUUCCUGCAGCAGCUCUGCCCCGACGAUGGUGAUUUGGUGGCCAAGGCUCUGGCGUGCCAGCAGGCAGAACACACGUUUGCCGGCAUGCCCUGCGGGAUCAUGGAUCAGUUCAUAUCAGUGAUGGGCAAAGAGAACCAUGCGCUGCUCAUCGACUGCAGGUCCCUGGAUGCUGUCCCCGUCCCUCUGCGUGAUGCCAACCUGGCUGUCCUCAUCACCAACUCCAACGUGCGGCACACACUGACGGGCAGUGAGUACCCCGCGCGGCGGCGCCAGUGCCAGGAGGCAGCAGCAGCACUGGGCAGGACCACCCUGCGGGAUGUCACCAUGGCCGAGCUGGAAGGGUUUGUGUGUGUCUCUGCAGCAUCCAGGAGCCAGCUGGAUGAGGAGGUGUACCGCCGUGCCAGGCACGUGGUUGGGGAGAUCGAGCGCACGGCGCGGGCAGCACAAGCACUGCGGGAUGGGGAUUAUGUCACGUUUGGGAUGCUGAUGGUGGAGAGCCACAACUCCCUGCGGGAUGACUAUGCUGUGAGCUGCCCGGAGCUGGACCAGCUGGUGGCGGCAGCCCUGGAGGUCGAUGGGGUCUAUGGCAGCCGGAUGACAGGGGGAGGAUUUGGGGGCUGCACUGUGACACUGCUGGUGGCCGAGGCUGCAGAGAGAGCCCAGCAGCACAUCCAGGAGAAGUACAGCGGCUCAGCGACCUUCUACAUCACCAAACCCUCCGAUGGGGCAAAGGUGCUGCCCUUGUAGAGAAGCCAGCACAGCAUCCCUGCUGGGAUCACCUCCUUCCCAAGGAGCACAAACACCUGGAGCGCAUCUUCCUCCAUCUGCUGUUGGGGGUGGGGGAAUAAUGUAAUUAAAACAAAAAGGAACAGGCAAA